CCUCCCUCCGCAGCCACCACCCCGCAGCCACCACCGCGGCCCCGCCAGCAGCGGCGCGGCGAGCGGGGCGCGGAGCGGAGCGGCGGCGCCGGGGCGCGGAGUCCCAGCGGCGGCCGCAGCCCUCCGGCACGGCCCCGGGCCCAUCCCGGGAGCCGCCGCUAGGUGGGGGGGGGAGCCCGGCCCCGGCCGCCCCGGCCGCACAACAAUGACUUUGGGCAGCAGCGGCGGCGGCGGCUGCGGGAUCAUGUCCGAGCGCUCCCCGGAGGAAGAGCCGCUCUCCGAGGUGGAGGACGCGGAUAUCGACGUGGUGGGCCCGCCCCAGGAUGGGGGCAAGUACAGCGAGGAGGAGGAGGAGGAGGACGAGGACGAGGAGGACGAGGAGGACGGCGGCGAUCCGCUGGGGCUGGCGCUGCCGCGGAGCGGGGCCGCCAAGGCGCGCAUGGGGGGGUCCCCGGAGCGGCUGUCCCCCGCCGGCGGCUCGGAGCCGGCCUGCGCCCGCGGCGCCGCGCCCGGGGAGAAGGCGCCCGCGGGCGGCGGCGGCGGCGGCGGAGCCGGGGGGAAGAACCCGCUGGUGAAGCCGCCCUACUCCUACAUCGCCCUCAUCACCAUGGCCAUCCUGCAGAGCCCCAAGAAGCGGCUGACGCUGAGCGAGAUCUGCGAGUUCAUCAGCGGGCGCUUCCCGUACUACCGGGAGAAGUUCCCCGCCUGGCAGAACAGCAUCCGCCACAACCUCUCCCUCAACGACUGCUUCGUCAAGAUCCCCCGGGAGCCCGGCAACCCGGGAAAGGGCAACUACUGGACGCUGGACCCCGAGUCCGCCGACAUGUUCGACAACGGGAGCUUCCUGCGCCGGAGGAAGCGCUUCAAGCGGCAGCAGCAGCUGCACCCGCCGCACCCCGAGCUGCUGCUGCGGGCCGGGGCCGCCGACCCCGCCGCCUUCCUGCCCGGCUUCGCCUACGGACCCUACGGCUACAACUACGGCCUGCAGCUCCAGGGUUACCCCCACCACCACCACCACCAUCCCGGUGGCGGAGGCGGCGGCGCCGCGGGCGCCUUCCCCUUCCCGGCGCCGCACUGCCCGUUACCGGCUCCGCCGCCUCCCGCCGCCGCCUCCGUCUUCUCCGCCGCCUCGGGGCUGCCCUCCUUCCUGGGCGGCGAGCUGAACUGCAGGAAGUCCUUCUACCACCCCCAGCUGAGCCCCACCGCCCUGCCCGCCGCCCUCCUCCAGACCCUCAAGCCGGACCCCUCGCCCGCCGGCGGCGGCGGCGGCGGCAGCGGCGGCACCAACCACCCCUCCCGGCCCUCUUUUUCCAUAGACAACAUCAUCGGGGGGGCCGUGCCCCCGCCGCCCAGCACCAACCCCAGCGUCGCGCCCGCCGCGCCCUACCCCGCCGGCCAGGCGGGCCCCCCGGCGCAGGUCCUGGCCGUGCUCAGCCCCGCCUUGGCCCCGGCACAGCCUCAGGUCAGCCUGGCACACGAGCCGCUCCUCCAGCCGGCCCAGAACUUUUCCAGUAAAAUCACAACCCUCAGCAGCUGUCAUUUUUAAAGUGUGCUGUGGACUGGGGAAGGGGAGGGGGAUGGGGGGGGAGAGUCGCGAAGCAAACGGCCCCUUUCCAGCUCUCCUCCACUCCUCCGAAACUGCUCCCCUUCCCUCUCCCCGUGUCCCUCCCCCCCAUCUCCUCCUGUUGUGUUUUAAGCAUCCAUCCCUAGACACUGCUGGAGAGGAGAUUCUGGAGCUUUGGAUGAAAUCCCACAAAUUUUCAUGGAAGCAGAACAGCAGGAAGGCAAACAGGAAAGAAGAGGAGUAAUAUACUAAUCUCAGGGGCACUUGUUGCAUUUCUCUCUUUUCUUUGCUGUGCUGUUUCCUUUUCCUCCAGCCACAUACUACAGGAUUACGGCAAAUGAAUUAAGGGAUUAAAUCAUAAGGGAGAAUUAGGAUCCUGCUGAUGUAGAAGCAGAAAACCAGAUGGGCUCAUUGAACUCUAGAUGAUGCAAGAAAAUCUUGGGUAGUGCUUUGGAUGUAGGUCACAGGAUAAUUCAAGUUAUUUGGAACCUCUGAAGAUCUCUGGUCCAACAGCCUCAAAGCAAAGUCAGUUUAGAUCAGAUUGCCCAGGGCUUUGUCCAGUGAAGUUCUGAAUCCCCAAGGAUGGACAUUCUCCCACACCUCUGGUCCUCUGUGUUGAAUCAUCUUCAGGGUAAAUUUUCCCCCAAUAUCUAAUCCAAGCUUUCCCUUCUUCAGCUUGUAUUUGUCACUUCUCCUUCAUGUCUGUGUGUACUCCAGGGAGAUGUCCAGGUUCAUGAGGACCCAUUCAGGGCCUGUUGUACCCCCCUUGUAAACCAGAUUGUUGGGCACAAGUUUCCCAUCUUAGACAGAGGGUUCUGGGCCUUCUGAGCACCUCGGAUUCUCCCAGUGUGAUCAGGCCUGGAUGGGAGGUCUCACCUCUCCAUGGUGCAUCAGUGCUGCCUUUGAAUUGCUCUCACCUGUGUAUGCAGGGUGAGGAUUUGCUGCUACUGUGACUGGAGACAUCCCAAGCAACAUCCAAACAUCACCCCCAUAACCCACUUUCAGGAUCAUCCAGGAGGCGGUGGGUCUGGAGAAAAAGGACAUCUGGUGGCCUUUGGCCUGCUGCAUCCACCUGGGGAAACAAAGGCAUGGAUAAUAAAGGUCACCUGUUCACCUUCAUGGCUGACAACUGAGCCAAGAAAUUCCUUCUCCCCAGUGCCCUGAGCACUCCUCCAGACUGCCUGGGGUCAUACAGCAUGAGGCCAUGCUCAGACACAGCUUUUGGUGACAGGCUCACAGGCAGGUGGACCUCUUCCAGUACAUUUUGGCAGCUGGGAAUCAUCUCAGCGAAAGACAGAGCUGUGACGUGUUUGGCUGUGCCUUGCAGGAGGGAAGAAAAAAUUAAAAGUAAAAGAAAAAAUAAAAGAGAAAAGACAAAAAGGAUAAAAGUUGUCUACAACUU